CUUCUUCAUUCCUUUUCCUGCCUCUGUCUUGUUACGCUCUUUUCACGAGAAAACCAUUGUCAUCUUCGGUUUUUGGUCUUUUUCAGCGCAUUUGGAUUUGGCAUUUUCUGAGCUUCUGCUCUGUACUGAUCUCGAUUUCUCUCUUUUUUUCUUUUUGGUCCAGCCGAACAGAACUGCAUCAUCGACUCCAGCUCGCCCGACGUUUUUUCCCCGGAGCUGGCGCCUCAGUCUUGGCACUGGUGAUCUUGACCGGAAUCGCGACACCCCGGUAGCUCUGCACAACAGAAGCAGCAGCAGAAGGCGACGAACAAGCACCAAUCGAUACCAAUCGCAGCUAUUUUGGCCCUCUGGUCAUUCGGCAUACCAACUGGAGAAGCGGACAAAUAUCCCUGCUGCUUUUUUCGCAUCUCGAUUUGCAGUAGACGGCGGUUGACCACUUCUUGCGCCGUGCGACCCUAGCGGCGGCAGGGUCCGGAAGCUGCGCAGCGCUGUCAGUCGAGUUCGAGAGAAGGGCCAACAGACAAGACAUCGUAUAUCUGUUCUCAUCCCUCCGGUUUUUCUCCUGGCGGAACCAGGCAACAGCGCGUCUCAAACGGUCGCCUCUUCAAAAGCCGCAGAAGCUUCACAGCUGCCAGCGGCAAGCCGGCCAUGACCGUUUCGAAUGGAAAUCGCGGCUUACUGCCCAUGAUGGAGGCCGUGCCCUCCAUCAAGGUCCAGGUACCCGUCUGGGCGUAUAUUGUAAAUUGGAUGUUCUUUUCGAAUGUAACCAUCAUCUUCAACAAGUGGCUUUUAGACACUGCUGGAUUUAAAUACCCCAUUCUACUUACAUGCUGGCAUCUCAUCUAUGCCACCAUUGCAACUCAAAUCCUCGCUCGCACGACGACGCUCCUCGAUUCCCGCCGCAACAUUCUCGUCAACGGCCGCCUCUACCUCCGCACCAUCCUUCCCAUCGGCCUGCUGUACUCCGGCUCUCUCAUCUGCUCAAAUGUCGUGUACCUCUACCUCUCCGUCUCAUUCAUUCAGAUGCUCAAGGCCGCGUCACCCGUUGCUGUGCUAUUCGCCUCUUGGUCCUGGGGCGUUGCUGAACCGAGCUUGUCCAAGUUCAUCAACGUCUUGGUCAUCGUGCUUGGCGUUGCCAUCUCCAGCUUUGGAGAAAUUCAGUUUUCAUGGAUCGGCUUCUUCUUCCAGAUUGGGGGCACUUGCUUCGAAGCCGUUCGCGUGGUCAUGAUACAAGUCAUGCUCAGCGGCGAGGGCCUCAACAUGGACCCCCUCGUCAGUCUCUACUACUAUGCACCAGUCUGUGCUGUGAUGAAUUUCCUCAUCGCUCUCGUUAGCGAAUUGCCCAGGUUCAGGUGGGACGACGCCGUCAAUGCCGGAUUUGGAAUGCUGUUCCUCAACGCCUCCAUUGCCUUUGUCCUCAAUGUUGCCAGCGUGUUUCUGAUUGGCAAGACCUCGGGCCUAGUCAUGACUCUUACAGGCAUCUUCAAGAGUAUCCUGCUUGUUAUCGCCUCUGUUCUCAUCUGGUCUACCCAAAUCACCUUCCUUCAGACUGUGGGCUACAUCAUCGCCCUUGCCGGACUCACAUAUUACUCCCUUGGCUAUGACCAACUCGCCAGCCUUGGUACAGCAUCACUUGCCUGGAUCAACGAGUUUCUUUCGAUGAAUGGCGGGAACAGUGCAAUGAGGUCUAAGAGAGCGGUCGUGGUUGGCCUGUCCUCAUUGGUGGCAGUAAUGGUGGUACUGGAGUUGACCAUGAGCGAACGGGGGAGGCGGAUGCUGGCUUCCUCGUGGCACGACAGACAUGGCAGGCAUGGACAUGAAUGA